CUGAGGCUAUGGUGGACAGUAGCAGCACGGAAAAGUUGAACAUUGUGUGCAGGAUAAACAAUAUCCAAAAUAUUGAUGGGUUCAAUGACAUUAACAUUUACAGAGUAAAUAAGAAAGGAAUUGUUGAACACCUGGCUACAAUGCAGCCUCGUUAUUCAGACAGUCCUGGGUAUCAAAGACCUGCACUAGUUCAAAGCAGUUCCACUAUGCAGGUUGUUGGUGUGUACAGUGAUAAAAAUCCGACUCUUGGAAUAUCAGUACCUGUGGCGUCUCUCACCUGCAAUGAUGGGCUUAUGUACAACUGCUCUCUUGUUUAUGACCAAAGAGAAGGAAGCAGUCUCCUAGUGACAAAGAUGUCUUCAGUGGCCAGAAACCUCACAGUGUCAGUCCAGCCAAAAGAUGUGGAUUUUAAGGCAUUUAACCAGUCAGCUUUAUUUCCAAUGGAAAUCCAAAGCGACAUUGGAACGGCCACCAAUAUGGCUCACUUUAUGAUUGGUCAGGUGGUAAAACUCACCUGCAAGGCAAAUCUUGGUACACGCAGCAAUGGACUCAUCUACUGGAGAAAGAGUAAUAUCGUAACUGGGAGUGGAAUGGCCAACUACAUUCCCAACAAUAAUGAACGUGAAGAGGGUCAAGUUGUGACCAAUGGUUGCCAGUUUGAAAAAACAGACAGCAUCAUGUACAACAUGACUGACCAGGAUGCGAUCAGAACAUCCAGUAAUCCACUUCAGUUCCAGUGCUACAUAAGUGUUCCUGGCUCUAACCUUGCUCUUCCUGAUACAACAGCUAAAAACUUCUUCAUCAAAGUCCAUGAUGUAAAUGACCCAACCACAGUUGGCUUGAAAACAGCAGGGAGAGACAACGUUACACUCAUUUCUGGCGUUGUUGUGGGAACUCUAGUUGCGCUGAAUUUGUUAGUGGCGCUCGUUUUACUUAUGCGAAAGUAUCGGAUCCGCUGUAACAUUGAAGAACGAACACCUGAACCGGAGACGUUCAACACGACGUUAUCAAACUUUUCCGGGUUGUGGUUGCGGCCGGUCGGUUACUAUGAAAACACGCGGGUGCUGCUCUGGAGAGUGAUCCCGCCGAUUCUAAUUUCAAUUGGAACGAUCGGAAACGGUAUGACUAUUUUCGUGCUGCUUCGUCAGAAGAAGAUGACGUCAACGGCAGUGAUCCUGUUUGCACUGGCGCUUUCAGAUACCCUUAUGUUGUUCAGCGCACUCCUGCCAAAGUGGAUGUUAUAUACCUGGGGCGUUGACAUCCGGAUGCUGAGUAACCCCGAGUGUAAAGCGAUAGUCUACCUUACAUACUGCAGCACCCACCUCUCCUCGUGGCUGAUCGUGGCCUUCACGCUCGAGAGAACAGCUUGCGUGCUGUUCCCGCAUAAAGUUAGACUGGGCUGUUCCCCACGAAACGCUGGGUUUAUCAUCGUCACCAUUGUGCUAGCCGUGGUCGGAAUUAAUAUAAUACUACGCGUGAUAGUUGAGCGGAAUAGAUACAAGGGCUCGAAGUGCUCUGCGCCAACGAAGGAAUACAACGACUUAUUUUACUACGUUUACGGAUGGGUCGACUUCACGUUAACUUUCGAAGCGCCGUUCCCACUGCUACUCAUUUGCAACGACAUCAUCGUAGUGCAGCUCGCGCGCUCCCGUUCAAGACGUAAGCGGAUGAAUAUUUCCGGUCAGGCGCGCGACACGCGUCCAUUGUCGAUACUCAUGAUUACCCUAUGCGUGCUAUAA